UCCUUCUCAUAAAAUCUCAAAUCAAACACUCUUCUACAAAUAUACACCUUGAUUAGUUCUAUCAAUUCAUCAAGUCAUGGCCUCAAUGAAAACAUUCAUCACAUCUUUAUUUCUUUUCGUUGCCUUGUCAAACAUGAGCCUAGAAGCUCGAAACCUUUUGCAAACAACCACACAACCCAAUUUGCCAAACAUUCCCACUUUGCCAAAUCCAACAUUGCCUUCAAUUCCAACAACAUUGCCACCUUUGCCCUCAAUCCCAACAACAUUGCCACCUUUGCCUUCAAUGCCAACAUUGCCUCAACCUCAAGGUAAUGUUCCUCCAUUGCCUACUAUCCCUUCUAUGCCUAAGCUCACUAUGCCACCACUUCCUAGCAUUCCUACCAAUCCAACACUUCCAUCUCUCAACUUUCCACCAUUUCCAUCCAAUUCACUUCCCAACAUUCCUUCAAUCUCAACCAUUAUCUCCUCCAUCCCUUUCUUCUCUCCACCACCUUCAACAUCUUCCCCUUGAAGUCUUUUUCGCGUGUUCAUAUCGUUAUUGUGUGUGAUGUAUACUGUUGGAGAUUAUGAUGAUAGUAUUAUUAUUGUAUGGUGUGAAAAGUUUGUGUAUUUUUCUUUUUUAUUUAUGAAUUUGAUAUUAUUGCUUGUACUCUUUUAUCGUAAAGACAUUGAAUUAUUACACAUUUAGUUACAACUA